AUGAUAAAUGCCCCUACAAACGAGACACCUCGAGCUGCCCACCAGAGAUACCGUGGCGUUUUAAACCGGCUCAGACUCGCUCGUAGCCAUUCGAGCAGCCCUUCAUCCGCUGGGAUAGUAUGGCCUUUUUCCAAUUCAACGAACGCCGCCAACUCCUCCCCAGCCUUGUCACUCACUGCGGAAUUGUCCCCUUCAUCCUCGUCAUGUCUGGAUAGAAACCCCAAACGCCAUGGAAACGGGAUGGGUGCCGAAGGGCCAUGGAUGAUGGAGAGCUGGUUUGGGGGCAUUCUGCGGUCCUUGGUUUCCUGA